UGUGUUUUGUUGAGUUGGACGGUGUCAUAUAUCUGCACAUUAUGUUUUAAAAAAAGGGACUUGAGAGCUUCAGAGUUAAGUUCAAAGCUGACAGUCCAAGAGUUGAACAAAAUGUCAGAUUCGGACUCUGAUGGCGAGUGCAGAUAUCUGGACGGCGAUGGAGAAGAGGUGUUUGCUGUUUAUAAUCCAGAGAAGGUUUUUGCUCGAUGGAGCGCCAUCCCUGUAAAAACCAAACGAGAUGCGGCACAGCGAAUGAAAGUUUGUGUCUUUUGGCUUCCCAUCCUGCUGGAGCCGGAUAAUUCUGUCAAAGGUGACUGGGCUCGGAGCAUAGGAUUAGUCAACCCAAAUGACAGCGAAGCCCUGGAGCUGAAGCACAUAAUGAGGAUACAAGUUGUGGAAUCCAUCAUGUUUGACCUGGAUAUAUUAACUUUGAAGAAGGACACACUCAGACAUAUUUUCUGCUUGACCAACUUGAUGAAUGAGCCUUUUUGUCCGAACAUUUUCGAAAAAGUGGUGCGACUUUUGGAGACGUCGAAGAACAAAGAUGAUCGUUCUGUUCGUCGCAACCUGUUGAUAUUCGAUGACCUUCCCACCGGCUACGAUGCCCUCAGAAUCAUCUUCUCUGAGUAUGCCAGGUUUAUUAAGGACAUGGGCAGCAACAUGGAGAGAACGCUGACGGCUCUGAUGUCUCAACCUGAUGAGUACAGUAUCAUGCAAAGUGAAAGGAUGAAGAAGGUAGGAAACGAGCUGUUUCAGAGACAGCGGUUUGAAGAAGCUGUAAGAUAUUAUUCUAAAGCCAUCGAUUUUUUUCCUGACAACCACAUUCUUUAUGGAAACAGAUCCCUGUGUUAUAUCAGGAAUAAACAAUAUCUAAAAGCAGCAGCUGAUGGAAAACGAGCCGUUCUCAUUAAGCCACAAUGGGCAAAGGGUCACUAUCGAUACUGUGAAGCUCUGUUCCUCCUCAACCAGAAGCAGUUAGCUUUAGAAGCCAACAAGAUGGCCAGAAGUCUGUGUGGGGAGAACCCAGAGGAACUCAGGGACCUGGAUCAACAGCUGAAGAAAAUGACGGACGAGCUCGCUGAGAAAACCAAACCAAAGCAAAGUUUUAAAGCUGGUUCCACGUCAGGACAACAUCCGACAAAGUGUGCCGGCAGUGAUCAAGCUAAAAAUACGUCUGCAAAGGUCACAGAAAUGAAAACRGGUGAGUACAUUUGAAAAUCUUUGUCACAACUUCAUUGAAA